AACAUGUAACUAUACCACCAACAACAAAUGAAGCAAACAUCUGUUGUCUGCUGAAACAGUGCGCAUAAUGCCUGGCUGACAGAAUCGAUCCAGUAUCAACGCAGGUGCUCCAUCAUGGAUGAGUCUCUAGUUCUCAAGAAGUGCGGCUACAUAUUAGGGAAUACGUUAGGGGACGGAUCAUAUGGAAAAGUCAAGUCCGCCUAUUCUGAACGCCUGAAGUCAAACGUGGCAGUCAAAAUUAUUAAUAGAAAAAAAGCAGCCGCUGAUUUUUUGGAAAAAUUCUUGCCACGAGAGCUGGAUAUCCAAGCAAGUUUGUGCCAUCCAAAUAUCGCCAAAAUCUUCAAAAUUUUCGAAACGUCAGAUGGAAAAGUAUUCAUCGUAAUGGAGCUCGGCGUUCAAGGAGAUCUACUGGAGUUCGUCAAAAGCCGGGGCGCAUUGCCAGAAGACUUCGCUAAAAAACUUUUUCGGCAGUUGUCGGUGGCAAUUAAAUUCAUCCACGACCAAGACAUCGUCCACCGGGAUUUGAAGUGCGAGAAUCUACUGCUGGACAAAGACUUCAAUUUGAAAGUGUCAGACUUUGGAUUCACGCGACGGAUUAUUUAUGAUGACACCGGCAAAAUGGAACUAAGCAAAACGUUCUGCGGCUCUGCCGCUUAUGCAGCACCUGAGGUUCUGCAGGGCAUUCCGUACAACCCCAAAAUGUAUGACGUGUGGAGCAUGGGCGUGAUUCUGUUUGUAAUGAUGUGCGGGUCCAUGCCUUAUGAUGACUCAAAUAUCAAAAGAAUGCUCCGGAUACAGAAGGAGCAUCGAGUGGACUUCCCUCGCUCCAAACACGUCCCAGGAGAAUGCAAAGACAUCAUCUACAAGAUGCUGCACCCAGAUGUCAAGAGACGACUUGACAUCUGCUCCAUCCUUGACCAUCAGUGGCUGCAAGGAAAGGCAGGGGAGGUCAGCCGCAGACACCAAGACGAGGCGUCCACAUCGAAAGCAGCCGCCAGCAGCAAAGACGACAAGAAACAGGCCAAAGUGGAGGCAGACAUCACUGCGGACCCUGGCAAAGAGGACCAGGCUGGACCCUCCUCACCUAGGACAGACGCUGCCUCUGUGACUUGAUGACCUGGACAUUGGGGAGGCAGGCACACCCUCGGGAGUUUCGAAUGAAGUCGGCGUCACAUCUGAAACAAGCCACAGUCAUCUAAAAGCACGAGAAAGACCUGACCCUCACCUGCAGAACUCAUCAAACGACAAUGAAUGAUACAAGGCCAGCGUUACACUGCUGAUGUGGAAGUGUUCAAGCGUUCUUCUAACCAGGAAAUAAAUCAAACCCUGUGAUGUAUGA